CUUGCCAGAUAACUGCUUUACCAACCGAGCCAUCCCGAUAAUCGUCACAUUUUUUUACAUUCCAUCCAGGAAUGACACCUCUUCAUCACGCUGCUUUUCUAGCACAUCCGGAUGCGAUUCAAAUAUUGCUUGAAAAUGGCGCCGUUGUUAAUUGCAAGGAUAACCUCGGCAGACACCCCUUACAUUACGCCGUUCUGCAAAAAGACGUGAAAAGUGCCACAAUAUUAUUAACAAACAAUGCUAGCGUAAAUGUUUAUGAUGUCUUUCACGAAAGUCCACUUUACACUAGCGUCAUUCGGAGACCCUUUUUUCCCAUGAUUAAAUUAUUGUUGUCAUAUGGAGCAACAGUUCAUUCGACGCCUUGCCAAGGUUCAUUAGGACUACUCCUUGAGGCUCUUUUAUCUAUGAAAAGCACAUCAGAUAUAAUUAUAUUGGAUCUUCUCUUUCAAAAUGGAGCAGAUGUAAAUGCAACGGAUUUUACUGGUUUACGUACCCCAAUGCAUAUAGUGGCUAUGACAGGAAAUUUGCAACUAGCUACCUAUCUUAUUGAAAAAGGAGCUGAUUUACGUCGAAAAAACAGAGCUGGAAAAACACCACUGGAAGUAGCUAUAAUGUAUAAAAACUUUACAAUUGCACGGUUAAUUGAAAAUUAUUUUUCAAUGGAAUUAAAAAUACAUCGAACCGUUAGUGUAACGGACCUCACAAUGGUUGAUAUGAAUAAUCUGGUAUUUGGAGUUGGCAUAGGACUAUUUGUUAUUUUGAUUCUGUGGGCUAUAGCUUUGUUAAUAUUUAUUGUAUCAUUAAGAGUUGAAAAGAAAAUUGGAACUAUUGCAAUAUUGGUUGUUGGCAUAUGUACAAUAGUUUUAAUUGCUUUGCCAAAGACCUCUGAAAAAGUUAAUUCUACAGAAAAUAAGAUAUAUGAUCAUUUGUUCGUUUGGCGUAUUGUAUUACUUGUAUUGUUGACUAUAUCAUCUAUCAUUGGUUUGUUAGGAUAUAUUAAAUUUUCAUUGACAGAAUCAGUCAGACCAGUUCGAAUAUCUAAUUGGGUUUUUUAA